GCUUCCUACUUUGCUAGCCAAACCGUAGCCUAGUCAGACCGCGCCAUGGCUUGACCACGGUUAACCUGACCAUCUGCCGCCCCUACCGCAAAGUACUGUAUACGUACUGUACUGGCUUCGUAGUGCUCACUCGCUGGAUGGAGACGCUUCCCACAGACGAUAUAUGCAGAUGACCUUUGGCAUUUAGCAAGAACGCGUCAAUAAAUCGCAAGUGUCACGUGACUUGCGUUUCCACCUCCUUCUCGUCCUGGCCCCAGCAGCAUUUGGCAUUUUGCUUAUUGAGAGCAUGGUCCACCCACCCACUCUCAGCUGGUAUACCGACCCUUCGCCCAGCUCUCGCAAUACUUCGACGAACUCCAGGGAUACAGGGAUACACCAAAGAGUUGAAUACUACAGUCGCCACAAUGGCUCCCGCAGUGGCCUCUUCCUCUACCCCCGCCGCCCAGCAUGUGGGAAAGAGGUCAAAGAAGGGGAAGAAGUCCGCUGCUCCAAAACCUAUCGAUAAAAAGAAGUUGAAGCGAGACGCCGAAGAAAAGGAACUCAAGUCCUUGGAGGAGAGAACGACUGACCCCUCUAUCUACGUCCGCGACGAAAGUAUCACGAAAUUCUCACAGCUUCCCCUCUCCUCGAAAACCGCCGAAGGCCUCAACAAAGCGAACUUUGUGGAAAUGACAGAAGUCCAACGGGGCACCUUACCCCAUUCUCUCUGCGGGCGGGACGUUCUCGGUGCCGCGAAAACAGGUUCCGGCAAAACGCUCGCCUUCCUCAUCCCAAUCCUCGAAUCACUGCACCGCGCGAAAUGGACUCAGAUGGACGGUGUGGGUGCGCUCGUGAUAUCACCCACCCGCGAAUUGGCGUUGCAGAUCUUUGAGGUGUUGAAGAAGAUUGGCAAGAAUCACACGUACUCUGCGGGUCUGCUGAUUGGUGGGAAGGACCUGAAGAGCGAGCAGGAUCGUGUCAACAAGAUGAAUAUUCUGGUCUGCACGCCGGGGAGGUUGUUGCAGCAUAUGGAUCAAACGCCCGACUUUAGCUGCGAUAAUUUAAGGGUGCUGGUUUUGGAUGAGGCGGACAGGGUGUUGGAUAUGGGGUUUGAGAGGACGCUGAAUGCGAUUGUAGCGAAUUUGCCGAAGGAUAGGCAGACACUUCUCUUCUCGGCAACGCAAACAAAGAGUGUGAGAGAUUUGGCGAGACUGAGUUUGAAGGAUCCCGAGUACGUCUCCGUCCAUGAGCAGGCGGAAUCCGCGACACCGAAGCAACUAGUCCAAAAAUACCUCGUCUGCAACCUCCCAGACAAGCUCGACAUCCUCUUCUCCUUCCUCAAAUCGCACCUCAAAUCCAAAAUCAUAGUCUUCGUCUCCAGCUGCAAACAAGUCCGCUUCGUCCACGAAACCUUCUGCAAAAUGCAACCGGGAAUAGUCCUCAACUGUCUGCACGGCAAACAAAAACAAGCGAAACGAAUGGCCAUCUUUGAGCAGUUCUGCCGGAAAAAGGCCAUCUGCCUUAUCGCCACCGAUAUUGCUGCUCGCGGACUAGAUUUCCCCGCCGUAGACUGGGUCAUCCAACUCGACUGCCCCGAAGACGCGGCUACAUAUAUCCACCGUGUGGGUCGAACAGCGCGAUACGAGUCGGAAGGCAACGGACUGCUUUUCCUAUUGCCCUCGGAAGAAAAGGGGAUGGUGGCGGCGUUGGAGCAGAAGAAGGUGCCGAUUCAGAGGAUCAGGGUUAACCCGUCGAAAACCACGAGUGUGGUGAAGCAGUUACAGGCGUAUUGCUCGCAGAGUCCGGAGAUGAAGUAUCUCGCCCAGAAGGCGUUUAUCAGUUACAUGCGGAGUGUGCAUUUGCAGAGUGAUAAGGCGAUUUUUGAUGUGAAUGCGUUGCCGGCGGAAGCGUACGCGGAGAGUUUGGGACUGCCGGGAGCGCCGAAAAUCAAAUUCGUCAAGAAAUCGGAAAAGAAGAACGCCUCGAGGCAGAUGGAGAGCAUGGACGAUGCAGCAGCGACGAAAGCCGCUUCGGAUGACGACGAGGACGACGUUAAGAAGCAAACGAAAGUCCGCACGAAAGUCGACAAGAUGUUCGACAAGAAGAACCUCACCAUCAUGUCCGAUCACUACGCCAAACUCGUCGCCGACGAUUCGGCAUCUGACGAUGCCAGUGACUCCGACUCCGGUUCAUCCGCCUCUGACUCUGAACCCGCGCCAGCCCCCUCCACAUCCCUACUCUCCCUCCCCACGGACGACACCGACGACCUUCUCACCCUCGCCCGAGCCAACCACGACAUCGACGACACCCCCGAACCCUCGCUCCCACCCACCACAGCGCCCACGCACCGCCAAAUCCUCAAACUUAAAGAAAAAGAAAUCAAACAACGUGGCCUGGGCAAGAAGUUGUACUUUGACGAGGACGGAAACCCAAUCCAUGCGUUCAAGUUGGAGACGCUCGAUGAGUUCAUUGAGAAGGGCGAUAUUGAGAGGAGGCAGAAGGAGUAUGUUGAGGAGGCCGGUGGGGCUGUUAAGGCGGCGGAUGUGGUGGAUAAGGAGGAGGAGAGGCGGAAGAGGAGGGAGAAGAAGAGGGAGAAGAAGUUGAAGGAGAGGCAGGCGAGGCAGGAGGAAUCCGGAGCAGCAACAAUAGCAGGAGGCGACUACGACUCGGACGACCUCCAAUCCGUCCAAUCCCACUACUCCUCCUACGACGAGAACGCACCCAGCGAAGAAAACGACGACUCCGUCUCUGACGCCGAUUCCAACUCCGACAACGACGAUGAGGCCAUGGAAAUCGACCUGAACGAGGACUCGGACUUUGGUGGCGCUGAUGAUAGCGACGACGAGGAGGAGGAGGUUGUGGUACCGAGUGGGAAGCGGAAACGGGCAGAAAAGAGCCUGCCGGAACCGCAGCAGCCAGAGCGGAAGGCGUCAAGCGCGAAGAAGCGUAGGACGAGGCUGGAGGGUGCGGAUGGGGAGUCUUUGGAGGAGAUUGCGUUGAGGUUGCUUGAGACGUAAGGAUGGGAAAUACGGGAGGGUAGAUAGACAGCGUGCCACUGUUCGGGGGCAUUCGGGGGCGAAGAACAAGAACACAGAAUCAGAUUAUCAUUAUAUUAUACGUAGCAGCAUUCAUUUUGUAAAUAGUAUCACAUCUUUCAUGGCAAGUAUUUAUGUGACAGGUGAAACAUACAUAGACGCUCGAAAACUGGAGCUCUGCGACGGUGAUUCAAAUUGUGCGACUCCUCCGAAAACACCCGCAACAUAUAGCGCUCAACCAGAAUGUAGGAGAAAAGCCAACUCCGUCAUGAUGCAAG